CCGCCGAGCCGCGGACGCAGGACCGGAGGCUCGCUCCUGCGGCGCGCUUGUUUUCCUGCUGCCGCCUCGCCCUGCGCAGUCCCCGCCCGCCCGAACGCCGCGCUCCUCUCAGCCCCGCCCGCCAUCCGUGCCCUGCGCUGGAUUUAUGAAUGGGGGGAAGAGGCCACAUGCCGCCGCCGCCGCCUCGAGUUGACCGCACGCAGCCCGGGCCCGCGGAGCUCCGGCUGCCGUGAGAGCGUCGGCUCGGCCCAGGCAGCCUCUCGGAAGACUUGUUGCUGCGCUGCCGCUGCCGCGGGAAGCCGGCGCUCCCGCGGCUCGGCGCGGUCUGGGAGCCGGAGGGUGGCCGGAGUGAGUGUGAGCGCGCGCGCGCGCUCCGGACCCUCGCAGUGCGCCUGGACUGUGCGCUUUCUCGUCUUUUUGGGGGGUGAAAAGGGGGGUGUGUCCCGGACCAGGAGCGUCUGAGUGUCCAGCUCUAGCGGGGGAACGUGUGUGUGUUUGCCCCUGACUCCCUGGGCCCCUCGCUUGGGUCCUCGGCUACCCUUUCCCCAUCCUGCCUCCCUCCCCGGCGGCGCCUGCCCAAACCCCAACCACCUGUGCACCCGAGAAACCCAACUCCUCCCGCUCCGCGCCGGGGGGUGCGGAGGCAGGGGCAGGGCCACGCCGCAGAGGGGGCCGCCGCCGCCUCCUGCCUCCUCCUCGUCUCCUCCCCCUCCCCCGCCUGACGCUGCCUCCUCGGGAAGGGUGUUUGGAGGGCAGCGGCCGCCCCAAGCCGAAGCCCCGCAGCGCUUCUUAUGAUCAGCUCGGUGUGUGUCUCCUCCUACCGCGGGCGCAAGUCGGGGAACAAGCCUCCGUCCAAAACAUGUCUGAAGGAGGAGAUGGCCAAGGGCGAGGCGUCGGAGAAGAUCAUCAUCAACGUGGGCGGCACGCGACAUGAGACCUACCGCAGCACCCUGCGCACCCUACCGGGCACCCGCCUCGCUUGGCUGGCCGAUCCCGACGGCGGGGGCCGGCCCGAGUGCGAUGGCGGUGGUGCGGGCAGCAGCGGCAGCAGCGGCGGCGGGGGCUGCGAGUUCUUCUUCGACCGGCACCCCGGCGUCUUCGCUUACGUGCUCAACUACUACCGCACCGGCAAGCUGCACUGCCCCGCCGACGUGUGCGGGCCGCUCUUCGAGGAGGAGCUCACCUUCUGGGGCAUCGACGAGACCGACGUGGAGCCCUGCUGCUGGAUGACCUACCGGCAGCACCGCGACGCCGAGGAGGCGCUGGACAUCUUCGAGAGUCCGGACGGAGGCGGCGGAGGCUCGGGGCCCCGCGACGAGGCCGGCGACGAUGAGCGGGAGCUGGCCCUGCAGCGCCUGGGGCCGCACGAAGGAGGCGCGGGCCCCGGCGCCGGGUCCGGGGGCUGCCGCGGCUGGCAACCCCGCAUGUGGGCGCUCUUCGAGGAUCCCUACUCCUCCAGGGCGGCGAGGGUGGUGGCCUUUGCCUCUCUCUUCUUCAUCCUGGUCUCCAUCACCACCUUCUGCCUGGAGACCCACGAGGCCUUCAACAUCGACCGCAACGUGACGGAGAUCCACCGAGUGGGGAAUACCACCAGCGUGCGCUUCCGGCGGGAGGUGGAGACAGAGCCCAUCCUGACCUACAUCGAGGGCGUGUGCGUGCUGUGGUUCACACUGGAGUUCCUGGUGCGCAUUGUGUGCUGCCCCGACACGCUGGACUUCGUCAAGAACCUGCUCAACAUCAUCGACUUCGUGGCCAUCCUGCCCUUCUACCUGGAGGUGGGGCUGAGCGGCCUGUCGUCCAAGGCGGCCCGAGACGUGCUGGGCUUCCUGCGCGUGGUGCGCUUCGUGCGCAUCCUGCGCAUCUUCAAGCUCACGCGCCACUUUGUGGGUUUGCGAGUGCUGGGCCACACCCUGCGUGCCAGCACCAACGAGUUCCUGCUCCUCAUCAUCUUCCUGGCUCUGGGAGUGCUUAUCUUCGCCACCAUGAUCUAUUAUGCUGAGCGCAUCGGCGCCAGGCCCUCUGAUCCACGGGGCAACGACCACACCGACUUCAAGAACAUCCCCAUCGGCUUCUGGUGGGCCGUGGUCACCAUGACAACCCUGGGCUAUGGGGACAUGUACCCCAAGACAUGGUCGGGCAUGCUGGUGGGGGCGCUGUGUGCACUGGCCGGCGUGCUCACCAUUGCCAUGCCAGUGCCUGUCAUUGUCAACAACUUCGGCAUGUACUACUCCCUGGCCAUGGCCAAGCAGAAGCUGCCCAAGAAGCGAAAGAAGCACGUGCCACGGCCACCCCAGCUCGAGUCGCCCAUUUACUGCAAGUCCGAGGAGACCUCGCCCCGGGACAGCACCUACAGUGACACCAGCCCGCCUGUCCCGGAAGAGGGUAUGGUGGAGAGGAAACGGGCAGACUCCAAGCAGAAUGGCGAUGCCAAUGCGGUGCUGUCAGACGAGGAGGGAGCUGGCCUCACGCAGCCCCUGGCCUCCGCCCCGUCCCCUGAGGAGCGCCGGGCUCUGCGACGUUCUGGCACCCGAGACAGAAACAAGAAGGCAGCUGCCUGCUUCCUGCUCAGCGCUGGGGACUAUGCCUGUGCUGAUGGUAGUGUCCGGAAAGGCUGCGAAAAGUCCCGGAGUCUAAACAACAUAGCCAGCGCGGCUGGAACCAGUCUGGGGCUGUCUCCACUGGCAUCGCGAUACGGCUCGCCCUACCCUCCGAGAAAGCUCCUGCUCUCCCACCCCCUCCACCCCCUCACCAGCCCACCACCCGGACACUUGGCCCCAUAGCUGCGCCCUCAGCUCUCCUUGCCUCCGGGCCUGGUGCACAAGCAGGCACACUUGAUGCCCUCCAGCCCUCCUUCCCCCUGGGGCCCGAGGGAGCUGCCUGAGCAAGGCGGGCAGGAUGCAGGAGAAGGUAGGCCCUGAGCUGCCCCCCCACAGCACCCAGCUCCCCCAGAUGUUCAGCUCUGGAGCCUGGAGCAAGGGGGCGACUUUCCCCAGGGCUUCCAUCCACCUGCCCCUAUCCUGGGCGGAGGUGCCUGCGCCCCCAGGACCUGUGUCUCUGGGCCCUGCCUCCCCCUCAGGGUCCCACGUUAAUCACAGCCAAUGCAAUUCCAUUCCUCGUGGCCUUCAACCAGAAACCAAACAACCUGGAACUGAAUGUCUGUCUGUCUGUCCACCCCACACCCAGACCAGCAAGGAAUAAGGUUGUCCCAUGGGGCAGCUGCUGGUGUCCAGAGGGCUUGUCUCCUUAGAGGAGCAGUGCCGCCCUGGGAGGAGAGGCCUGCUGUUCUCCAGCUCUGACCCGGGGCGCAGGUGGGGGCGCUUAGAGUCAGAGCCCCAGGAUGGGCCGCUGAGGUGCGGGGAUGCCCGUCUCUCCGGGGCGACACCCAGCGGUGGAGCUUAACAUCCCAUCUGCGCCCCGAGCCUCGGCAUCUCUCGCCACACUGCUGCUUCUGCUUCCACGACAGUUUUUCUUCCCUCUCCCCCCUCCCUCAAACUGCCAGCCCAGCCUCUGAGUCACCUGCCGCUCCCACCCAGCCUCUGCGCUCUGUAUUGCUGCCAGAACCGGAGAGUCAUCUAAUUUCUAUAAUUAAGUGUAUUCAUUUACCUAACGAGCCCGGGAGCACAACAGGUUUGUGAGUCACUGAGCGAAGCAGGGUGCGCCCUGGGCAGGGGCAGCUGAGGGGAAGCCAUCCUGCGCCUACCCGCUCCUGCACCGGCACCUGGCCACUCCCAGGGAGGGCUGAGCCGUGAGUGGUCCCUCCCCAAGCAGGGCACCGAGCAAGGCUCCCAAGGCCCUCGUCAGCCCUGAGAAGGAGGAACAAGGAUUGCCCUAGCCAGGACAUUUCCUGUUUCACCUGAUGGGAAUUAGACCUGACAGCGAGCCGUGUGCCUGGCAAUUUUUAGAGUCAGAUUAUGCAACUUGGUGGAACGAAUGACUAAGUAAGGUCCGUAUCUGCUCCUUCCAGGAUGAGCAUAGAUAGGUAUGGCAAGAUAGCAUUUGGGGACUUGGCAGGAGGCUGGGAAAUGUGGGGCCCACCCCGAAAGGUGAACUGGGCAGAAAAGUCAGAUGGUUUCAUGGGAUUGGGGGUUGUGAAAAGCCUAUGCCAGGAGCAUCCCCAUUUCAGUGACUUCUUCAGCCUUGGGCAGAGAUGGGAAUGUCCCUUCUAGAAAAGUCUGUUCAAGGUGGGUCCUGAGAUAUCCCAGCCCUGCUGUGGUCUAUGGGGCCUGUCUCCUGCUUGCUCUCAGAAUGAAGUGUGCCCCUAGGAGUUGAGAAGAUACCGGAGCAUCUUUGCAGCCACCCUUCAGAAGGGGACAGGCCUCUUUAAUCAACAGAGGAGCAGGAUGGAGACACCCGGCACCCUAUCCCUGCACAGCCCAGUUUGAGGGCCCAGCUGAUUCUCCUUCAUGAGGACAGGUUCCAUCCUGCCCCCCAGGGCUCCUUGUCACUGGGGUCCUGGCUCUGAUGGGGACAAGAUGAGCUAGAUGUCCAGUUUAGCAUGGGUCCCACAGCUCUUUUCUCCUCUGACUUGCCUUUCUGGUUCAGGGAACUGAGGCGGCUAUUUCUGUGGCAGCCCUCAAGUUGUCAGGAGCCCAAGUUUCCACGGUACCCGCCGCCUCCUUCCCUCUCUUCCCUCCCACAGGGAUGGGCAUGCUCACGGCACCCCUAUGGUGGGCACAGAUGUCCCUGGGCGACAUGAUGCAGGAGUGCCAGCCUGGAGCCCCUAGUGCUUUGGAGAUGGGCUCCCACACGUGUGUGUGUGUGUCCCCGCCCCCCGCCCACCCCGGCUCUCUGGCUCCUGUGAGGGAGACACAGGACCUGGCUAACAGGAGAGCUGAGUAGGCUGCUCUAGCUACCACUCAGGGCUCUGGGAAAGGGCAAACCGAGUCCUGGAGUUUACAAAGACCCACUGUGUACCAGGCUCUGCCCAGAGAGGUGGCUGUCUGCACAGGCCUCCCUCCUUGGGGAAGGCCCUGCCGCCCACCUACAAUCUGAGAGUGUAGUUUGCUUUAUCUUGCAUCUAGACUUGGACCUGUACCAUUACUUUGGCUUUUAGAAGCCUUUCCCCCACAACUGGGGCCCGCCCGUCCCCGCAGAGCUGGGAAGCAGCCUGGGUAGGAGUUGUUAACCCUACCUUCCAGUUUGUGCCAGCGCUACUGACAACCCUAGAGGCCACUUCUCAGUCCCCAGGGCUUCUGAGAGGAGUGGCUGUGAGCUGCACUGUGGUCAGUGGGGAGGCUGGGUACCAGCCGGAGGGCUGGGGCUGCCCUUUCCCAGAGCUGCCUGGGACAGGAGGGCCUCCUCCGCCCUAGCCAGACAGCAUCACCUCCGAAAUACCUUCCCCACGGCAACCGCCCUGUCUGCCCUACCUGUGCCACCGCUGGGAAGGUGGGAGAAGGGAAGGGCCAGGCCGCUGACCUCCCAGGCUGAGGAUGGGAUACUGAGAAGAGCUCAUGGAGGGGUUGGGUUUCUCAGAAAGAUGCUAUUUUCUGGCCUUCUCUCCUAAGAGGGCUACAUUCAUCCUCCCUGACCUUCCCCUUCAGCAUUCACCCUCCAGCUGCCAGAUUGAGGAAGGGGGGCUGGGCACCACGUGGUAGCACUCAAGAGGCUUCUUCACCAGCCCCCAGGGACAGGGGAAGAGCCCCAGGUGGUGAUGGCAGAUGGAGCAAUAUGGGGGGAACCCAAGUUGGGCAGGCAGCAGCUCAGGUGAUGGCCUGUGGGCUACAGGUCACACCAGGAGCCUCUCCCUCCCAUGACGCCCCCACCCUGCCUCCAUGCCACGCUGCAGAGCUGUGGUCCCUCCCCGCACUGCACUAGGGCUUUGGAGACCUGAGUGCUAGUGAUUCCUGGGUUCAUUACCUGAGCAGGUGUGGAGAUGAGCUGUGACAUCACCUAGGAGUCACCUUGGCCCAGGCUCUGGGUUGGCAGAGGAGUGAUGAAGGGGCGCACCCCAUACCCUGACCUGUCCCUGCUCUUCCUGGCCUCUUAGCCCUGGGUCCCCAUGCAUUCCAGCUCUGCUCCUGGCCUGCUCCUUAGCCCACAGCCUGUGGGUCGGCAGCUGCCUUCCUUCUAACAUCUUGUUCUUUGUUUCUCCCUUUCUUUUGCUGAACUCCUUGCCCCCCGAGAAGGCAAUGUUGAGCCGAAAGCGUGCGUCCCAGUGUCUCACACCUGUGCUCUUUAAACACAGAGACCUGCCAAGACGCCCUCUCGUCCAACUAUGCCCAGGCUGAAGUCCUCACCCUCUCUUAAAGCGGCACCAGCGUGAGAGAGACAGGCAGACAGACAGAAAGCCAAAGGCUUAGGGAAACUCUGGAACCCAGGCAAGAAUCUUUCGCUGGGAAAGACUCAGAUAUCUGUGUUUGCACAGGACUGAUGGAAAACCUCCCAUGUGACCCCCGGGGCCCAGAGCCAUCUGGGUCUGAUGUUCUGUUCUGUUGUACAUUGAAGAGACAUAUAUGCACAUAUAGUAUCUAUAUUCAUACGUACUAUACUCUUGUGUGUAGUGCACGUGCUAUUGGUGGUCUGUCUUCUUUGUUAGGCUGUGUCUCCCCAAGUCCUUGCCCCACCCCUAGACCCCCAUUCCCUUCCCCUUUACUGAUUCCUUGUCUGCUGAACGUGUGUGAGGAAUGUCCUAGGAAAAGUGCACCUGGGAUCUGCCGGUCCAGCUGGGUGACCCCAGGCUAGACUGUCCCUCUUGGGGGCGUUUCCCCUGUGGGCCGGUGGCCUAUGGAAGGCCAGAUUGCCCCCCAGGGUCACUUGCUCCACUAGCCCCAUCCCACCCCAGAUUGGGGUUCUACCUCCCACCCCACGCCCCAGUUGUGGGGGGACUUCCAGGGGCUCCUCUGCAGCUUCUUCCACUCCUUCCUCCACCUUGCCUGUGUCCUUGACUGAGGGGGCGUUUCAUCUUUUUUUGUUUUUGAUUUUUUUGUUCUGUCUCCUUCGUUCAUUUGUUUUCAAAGAUGCUGCUGGGCAGACGGGCAGGGAAGGGGUCUGUCUGUCCAUCUGGCUCAGGGGUCUGAGAAGGGGAAGCCUCGGGCGAGUGGAGACCAGUUGCAAUACUGUACUUCCUGGCCAGUGGCCAGAGGAUGCGUGCAAUAGCAGAGGCCAGGGGACCCCUUCGACCUUGGCCUCUGCCCCUCCCUCGGCCCUCCCUCCCCAUUCCCACCCCGCCCUGCCCCUCCCUGGUGUUGGUCAGUCCUUUUCUAAAGCUGUCCCCUCGUGCGUGUCUGAGGCAUGCCUGGGCUGGCCCUGCCGCCCUGUCCGCAUGCCUCUGACUGUCAUGCUGUGCUCGAGCCCCAAUAAAGACAUCUGGAGCGUGCCGCUGCUCCUGCUGUGUGA